AACCAAGGACCUCUUCCCCGCCCUGCAAAAACAACAAGCGUUAGCUGUUAUUGUGAAUGUUUUCUUCUGUGUUGUUCUGGUCGUAAAACAGCUGUGUUAUAAAUCCACUCGGUGAAUUAAAAUGCCCUUGUUUGAGGUUUUGGGGAGCGGAGGAGAGAAAACAGCUGUUAUCGUUGAUUUAGGAGCUGCAUAUACAAAAUGCGGUUUUGCUGGUGAAACUGGGCCUAGGUUUAUCAUUCCUAGUGAGAUCCAGCGUCCUGGACUCCAGCAGCCCAUUAAGGUAGUGCAGUACAAUAUAAACACAGAGGAGCUGUAUGCCAACCUGAAGGAGUUCAUUCACACAUUAUACUUCAGGCAUUUGCUUGUGAAUCCACGUGACAGGAGAGUGGUUAUCAUCGAGUCCAUUCUCUGCCCUUCGCACUUCAGAGAAACACUGUCACGGGUCUUCUUUAAACACUUUGAGGUUCCAUCAGUGCUUUUUGCUCCCAGCCAUUUAAUGUCCAUCAUGACUUUAGGCAUCAAUUCGGCUCUUGUGAUGGACUGCGGAUAUACAGAAACGUUGGUGUUGCCUGUCUAUGAAGGAAUUCCUAUUCUGUCUGCAUGGGAGGCCUUGCCAAUGGGCGGAAAAGCCAUUCACAAGGAGUUGGACAGUCUGCUGACAGAGCAAUGCACAGUGGACACGGACUUGAGCAGCGGCCAGAGUUUACCAACCGUCAUCGGCACCAUUCCAGAAGAAGUUGUAGAGGAUAUCAAAGUUAGGACAUGCUUUGUCAGUGACUUGCAGAGAGGCCUAAAAAUCCAGGAGGCCAAGUUCAACAUGGAUGGAAUUGCAGAGAGACCUGCUCCUCCACCAGAUGUUGAUUAUCCCUUGGACGGAAGGAAUAUCCUUCAUGUUAAGGGAUCUAUCAGAGACUCGGUUGCUGAGAUGUUAUUUGAACAGGACAAUGAAGAAAAAUCUAUUGCUUCACUAGUGCUUGACACUCUGGUUAAGUGCCCCAUCGACACACGCAAGGUUCUGUCAGAGAACUUGAUGGUAAUCGGUGGCACAGCUAUGCUUCCUGGCUUUCUUCACCGCCUCUUGGCUGAAAUCCGCAUACUGGUAGAAAAACCCAAAUACCGUGACGCUCUCGCCACCAAGAGCUUUCGCAUCCACAGUCCACCGACCAAGCCCAACUGCACUGCCUGGCUAGGAGGGGCUAUAUUUGGAGCGUUGCAGGACAUUCUGGGUAGUCGCUCUGUGUCCAGAGACUACUACAAUCAGACAGGCCGCAUUCCUGACUGGUGCAGUCUCAGUAGUCCUCCACUGGAGUCACUGUAUGACAUUGGAAAGACAGGCCCACCACUCAUGAAGAGGGCUUUCUCCACAGAGAAAUAAUCCAGUAGUGAUGCAUCUCUUUCUCUGAGACAUAAAGACUUGCAUCAUCAAAGCCUCUUUCCUAGACUCUAUCUUUGUCAAAAGCAGUUAUGUAUUCUGUUUGCCUGUGAUUUUGUGUGUAGCUGUUCACAAAGCGAAGCAUAGUGGAUGAACCACUAAGUGGCAGUCUUUCUCACAAAAACUCACUGAGGUCAGACUGAUUAGAACAGCAUUUUAACUACACGUGUUAAGCUCGAGAAGUUUGAGCAAGUUCAACAGAUAAAUAAAUAAAUACCUGAACAUAACUAAACACUCUUUUAGCUUUUUGAGUUUUAUAACGUAUUACUGCUGUGGCAGAUAUUCCACUGCUAUUGAGUGGGGGAAAAUAGCAGUAUUAUUAAGAAUAUUUGGCGAAUUUUUUUCUUUUUCUCCUCCCAUUCCCUCCAUUUAUAUUUAUGUUGUAUUUUCAGUGCGUUUAGAAAAUCUUGCAAUGACAUGAGUUAAAAGAAUCCUACAUGUAUUUAAUUUAUUUACACAUUAAAUGCUGUUAAAAAAUACAUGGUGUCUUAUGUGUACUAAAUAAAUGUUCCAGAAUAAAUAUUA